UGUCAACUCCUGCACACUGCUUUGAAUGGCUGUGCACAGCACAACCAUGCAAAGUAGUGUGCUUACAGUGAAGCACAAACACACCCAGCACACAGUUAACCCUUUGAUCACCCCUCAUGUUAACCCCUUCCUGCCCAGUGCCAUUAUCACAGUGUUAGUGGGUUUUUUUUAGCACUUAUCACUGUAUUGGUGUCACUGGGGAUUUCAGUGACACCAAAUCAGUUCCCCCCAGUGUCAGAAUGCCUGCCGCAGUCCUACUAUAAGUUGCUGAUCGCCGCCAUUACUUCUAAAAAUAAAAAAAAAAUCCCAGUAUAUAUACCGCCAUUUGUAAACGCUAUAACUUUCACGUAAACCAAUUAAUUUA